AUGGCAUUUUUCCACUCUCAGUCCCCAGUCCAGAAUCGCUCCUCUCUUUUCAAAACGGCUUCCCCUUCUCGCUGGUUCAGUGUGUUAUCCUAAAGAGUCUUCCAUGUGACUUCUUUUAGGAGCUGUUUCUUUGGAGAAAAAUCUCUCCACCUUGAAAGAAAAGCUUCGGGGCCAGGAAGCCACCAUCCAGGAACUGGAACAGGCCAGGAGUGAUCUGCAGCAGGAGAUGAGGUCCAAGAUGGUGGCCAAGAGCGAGGUAGUCAAGCGGGAGGAGCAGCUGGAGGCACUUUCUAGCCAGCUGCAGAGAGUGGAGCAGCAGCUGAGCUGGACCACCACUGACCUCAACAAGGAAAGGGCCAGAGGAGACAGCCUGCUCCAGCACAAAGAGUCCCUCCAGGCCAAGCAACAGAACCUAACGCAGCAGCUGGAUAGCCUGGACCAAGAAUGCGAGCAGCUGAAGACCAGCCUGGCUGACGGGGAGGAUGAACAGCAGAUGAUGAGGGAGCGGCUGAAGGAGAUCCAGGAGGAGAAGUGGGAGGUCCAAGGCCAGCUGGAGGCCCAGAAGAAGGUUACCGAGAAACUGAAGCAGGAGAAGCUGAGCUUGGAGCACUCUGCAUCCGAACUGCAGAGGACCAUCUCUGAGCUAGGAGAGCUGAACCACGAGAUGAAGGAGAAAGAGAAACUGUUGGUGUUCUUCCCAGAUCUUCACCUCCCUGUCGAGACCCAGUUUGAAGCCACCGGAAAUAUCAUGGAAGACAUGGGGAAACAGCUCCAAGCCAACAACAUCCGCAUCAGCAUCCUGGAGGAAGAGAACUCGCGUCUCCGAAGCGCUAUAUCCAAAAUGAAGGAAGCCCAGCAGGAGGCACAGAAGUUUGCACUUCCAACCCAGCUGUGGAUUCAGUUUGCUGAAAAACCUGGUCCCCAAGGCGGUGCGAUGGGUCCUCCUACAGGGUACCCUGGAGGGACCAGCUUUCAGGGACAGGCUUCCAGGCCUCCGACCAACAGCAGCCCUGUGGGAAGCGCAGCCCGAAACAGACCUCGGAACUCUCCCACCGCCCGCAGAGACAGCCCUGCCUUUCAUCGCACGUCCAGCAACCAGCUGCCCUUGGGGGAGGGUGUGCGGGAGGCGGCAGUCAAGUUUUCCUACAAGGAGGCAGCAGUCAACAGUUACUCCCGAGGAAAAGGGAGAGGCAGGAAUCUGCCCCCGCCAGGCCACUGUACCCGCAACCACCAGAAAUAAAGACCCUUCAGAGAAGUGCAUUCAGAAGGAUGCCAGGAGCAUCACUGGGGCCUCAGAGUGCUGGGCAGAGGGUUG